UUACUACGUUUAGCGACAUCUCACAGUAACCAAACGUAACAGCUAUUGUCACAUUUUUUGUUUUUGUUUACAGAUGAAUUUUAGUUUAUAGUUAAAAUAGCAACAAUUAAAAAUGCCUGGAUUGAUUGACAUAUUAUCAGAUCAUACCUUCAACAAGGGAGUUACAAAUAGAUUAACAGAUUUAUCAUUUGUAGAUCGGCUAUUUCCUCAUCUUGGUGAAAAAACAAAAAUUCUACUUGUUUGUAAAAUUGAUAAAGAACGUGCCAAUAAAAAAUUAGAUAAAAUAGCAAUCAAGAAUGAAGUAUUUGAAGAAAUUACAAAUCUUGAUGUUACUGGAUCACCUUUGGAGCAUUCAUUUGGUGAUGACAGCUUCAAUGCAUCCAUCACCCAGAUCAGGCGAAAUUGGUUAUCUAAUGAAGAAAUUUAUCAGCCAAUUUUAAGACUAGAUGCUUUAGAGAUUUUAAACAAAUUCCAAGAUGACUUGGAUAACGAUAUUGAGACAUCAUGCAAAGAGCCAAUAUUUAGUCUAGUAACACCAGUUGACAAAGAAGAAUCAAUUGUGUUAAUUGGUAUGAAUUCAAUUCCAAAUUGGUUUGUAACAAUGAAAGCAUCAUUAGCUGGAAAAAAAAAUAUAAACAACAUCAAUAUUGACAUGGAUAACAUAAUGUUAAAUCAUUUAAAAAAUGACAAAAAUCGUUGUUCAAAAGAUAUUGAUGUUAUUGUUUCAAGUGUCUAUGAAAUUUUUGGUACAAGUUAUCAAAUGAUUGAUUUUGAUGAAACAACAAAAAAUGAAUUUAAUGGAUAUUUAAUGAUUAAAGCUAAAUGGAAUUCAUUUACAUUUUUACCACCAUCAUUACCAGAAUCUGUCAAUAUUAUUAUGGAGAUCGUAAGUGGAUCAAAAACAAGUCCAUUAUAUGAUUUAUGGAAUGAAAUUAUUCUUUUAAAUAAAUACAUAACAAUUCUUCAAAAUUAUAAAAAAAAAGACAUGGCAUCAAGAUACAGUGUGAUGCCACUUAAUUUACCAAAUGAUUUUACAACACCGUAUUAUGAAAAUUCUGAUAAAAUAAUGAUGAAAUUACGUGGUUUAUUAUUAGAUGGUAUUGAUGAAUCAGAAAUUAAUUAUAUUGAUAUAGAAGAUUUGCAAAUAACAGAUGAAACUAAUGAUGAAGAAAAUGAUAUUAAAUUGUUGAAUCUUGUUAAGGUACUUGAUAAACGACAAAAUUUAGAUUUUACUGAUCAAAUUUGGAAAAUAAUUCGUUGUUCAAAUAAUUCAAGAACAAUGAUUGAUUGUAUACAUUGUAUAUUUGAAGAAAUUGUUGAUAAAAAUUACAAGCCACAAAUAAAUUGUUUUGAUGAUACGAGAUUUGCAAAAUUAGUUGCUGAUAUUAAUCAUGAAAAACCAAAUGUUCCACAACUUGCUGGAAGUUUAUCGUUAGAAAUUAUUAUUGAUAUUGGAAUGGAAAAAAUAAGUAGAGAUAUUAUGUAUUUAUUAUCAAGUUCAAAUCUCAUGGAAGCUCAUGAAUCAAGAAAAACACUUUUAACAUUGGCCAGUGGUGAAUUUGAUAUUGAUAAAUAUAAAAAUAAAUUAAUGUCAUUAUCACAAAUUCACAUGUCUUUGGAAUUUUUAAAUUUAAUUCAAGGACAAUUUGAUAAUUGUCGUUGUGAUAUUUCACAUACAUUGUUUGAAGCUGCAUUAAAAAUUUAUCAUGGCUCACAAUCACCACUUAAAUUUGAUGAUUUAAAUAACAAUAAUAUUUAUACACUGAGUGUUCCAGCACCACAAAUAUUCAUCUCAGAAGUUGCUAGAAAAUCGCCAACAUCAUGGAUGUGUACAUUGACAACUGAUAAAAAUAUUGAAAAAUUAAUUACAACAGUGCAUUACAGUAAAAUGCCAAUAUUUCCACCAAAUAUUUACAAAGAUGAUGAUGUUUUCAAGGAUGAAGAUGGAGAAGUUUAUUACGUAACAAAUGCAUAUACAACAAUGGCUAAAUUUAAUUUACCAAUGUAAUAAUAAAUUUUAAAAUAAAAAAAAAACAAAGUGCCUAAAUUACCAAUGGAAAUUUUCUUGGUCAAUCAAAUGCAGAAUAUAAAUUUAUUGAAAUACAAAAGUUUUUGCUUUGUCAUUAAUUUAAAUCAACUAUAAAUUGUGAAACAAUAAAGAUUUAUAAUUUUUUUAUUAUCGAAAGCUUGAUUUUGUUUAAUUAUAUUUUCAUUAAAAAAAAAUAAUAAUUUACUGUUAAAAA